CACUUGUAUGGGUAAUGGCUACCUAUCUGAUCCAUACACAUUGAAUACAUUUUUAAUAAAUAUUUUUACUCAAACUUUUUAAGUGAACAAUAAAAUCGAAUGUGCACUCGUUGAAAUUGAAAAUAUACAGAAAACAAGAGGAAAAAGAUUUUCGCCACAUAGUUUCCUAUAUAAUAUUUUAUUUUGUUGACAACGAAACUGGUAGAAAAAAAUCAACCUUGUUAAAAAGGCAACCAUUUUGUGUGUUUGUUUUAUAUAAUAAAUUGGUGGAUAUUCCAAUAUGGAUAAAUUUAAUCCGAUGAAGAUUCGGUCCGAUGCUACUGUGGGCGGAAAGUACAGAUUAAGUCGAAAAAUAGGAAGUGGCUCAUUCGGAGAUAUUUAUCUCGGUAUAAGUAUUCAGAGUGGAGAAGAAGUAGCCAUUAAAAUGGAAAGCACUUCAGCUCGCCAUCCCCAGCUCCAGUACGAAGCGAAAUUAUAUCGUAUUCUUAAUGGUGGUGUAGGAAUACCUAGAAUUCGUCAUCAUGGCAAGGAAAAAAACUUUAAUAUUCUUGUAAUGGAUCUUCUUGGACCGUCAUUGGAAGACCUGUUCAAUUUCUGCACUCGCCACUUUACUAUUAAAACUGUUUUAAUGUUGGUAGAUCAGAUGAUUGGACGUUUAGAAUAUAUUCAUAUGAAGUGUUUUAUACAUCGGGAUAUUAAGCCAGAUAACUUUCUAAUGGGAAUUGGGCGCCAUUGUAACAAGUUAUUUUUAAUUGAUUUUGGUUUGGCUAAAAAAUAUCGAGAUCCUACAAGCCGACUUCACAUUCAAUACCGUGAAGACAAAAAUUUGACAGGAACAGCUCGUUAUGCAUCUAUCAAUGCUCAUCUAGGUAUUGAACAGUCUCGGAGAGAUGAUAUGGAAUCAUUGGGAUAUGUUAUGAUGUAUUUUAACCGCGGUGUUUUACCCUGGCAAGGAAUGAAAGCCAACAACAAAAACCAAAAAUAUGAAAAAAUUUCGGAAAAAAAGAUGUCUACUCCCAUAGAAGUUUUAUGCAAAGGAUUCCCAGCAGAAUUUUCAAUGUAUUUGAAUUAUUGUCGCAGUUUAAGAUUUGAUGAGCAGCCAGAUUAUAUGUAUCUUCGACAACUUUUUAGAAUUCUCUUCCGAACUCUUAAUCAUCAGUAUGAUUAUAUAUACGAUUGGACAAUGUUGAAGCAAAAAACCCAUCAAAGUCAACCAAAUCCAGCACUUUUAUUGGGACAAGCUGAAACCCGUAACGACAGAGAACGAGAAAGAGAGAAGGAAAAGGAAAAAGCGAGUGGAAAAACUAUGCUCUCCGAAUAAAUGUGAAAUAAAAAAAUUUUGGUUAACGAUAAAAAUAGUUGAAAUGUAUGAACUCAUGUAAAAUUCAACAUUAAAAACAAAUUUUACAUUACUUUUAAACUGUGCUGCAAAAAAAUUUUGCAUCAUUUACUAAAAUAUAAUAUUACGAUAAUUAUUAAUAAUAAUAAUUUUGAAUUAUGUCAAUAAAUGCUAACUGUGUUGGAGUUAAACAAUAAAUAUAAA